CAUCGCUGCUUCCUUUCACCACUCCACAAGUCUCACUCUUCUCUCACGUCUGAACACUACCUCUCUACCACCUAACCAACCCUCACACCUCUCAUCUUAUCACAAUGGGCUACGAAAAGGGCGAUGCUAAGAAGGGUGCCAACCUCUUCAAGACCCGUUGCGCUCAGUGCCACACCCUGAAGGCCGGUGAGGGCAACAAGAUUGGCCCCGAGCUACACGGCCUCUUCGGCCGCAAGACUGGUUCCGUCGCUGGCUACUCAUACACCGAUGCCAACAAGCAAAAGGGUAUUGAGUGGAACCACGACACUCUCUUUGAGUAUCUUGAGAACCCCAAGAAGUACAUUCCCGGUACCAAGAUGGCCUUUGGCGGUCUCAAGAAGCCCAAGGACCGUAACGACCUGAUUACCUUCCUUGAGGAGGAGACCAAAUAAGCGUCACAUUACCACGUUGACGUUUACCCACUCUCCGACGCUCCACGACCCUUCUCUAAUACCUCUUCGACCUAAGAUCUCUUUGGAUUGUAUCAACAUCGAUGAUAGACGAACGACUGAGGCGGUGAGCGCAGUUUUAGCGCGUUACUGUUCCAUGUAGAUUAUGUUUGGUGUAUGAUUUUAGGGCGUUUUUUCGAUGUGGUGCAGCAUAGACCUGGUUUGGAACUUGGCGGC